GGGGAAACAUGGUCCAGCAAAGGAACGUGAGGAGCCGGGGAGCGGAAGCCAAGAGGGAGGUGUGUCCCAAAGACACCUUGCUCCUGAAGGAUGCCAAAGGUGAACCGGGCUGGUGCAAGACUCCCAGCGGGCACAUCAAGCGUCCCAUGAACGCCUUCAUGGUGUGGUCCCAGAACGAGAGGCGGAAGAUCAUGGACCAGUGGCCAGACAUGCACAAUGCCGAGAUCUCCAAGCGGCUGGGCAGGCGUUGGCAGCUCUUGCAGGACUCUGAGAAGAUCCCCUUUGUCAAGGAGGCGGAGCGGCUGCGCCUAAAACACAUGGCCGACUACCCUGACUACAAGUACCGGCCCAGGAAGAAAGGCAAGAUGGGAAGCCCCAAGUCCCGCCCAAGGGUCCCCGUGAAGAUCAAGCCCUCUGUCCUUGGGCGGGUGGCUUCCACCAGAAGACAGCCUGCUAAGCAAGACCUUGAUGGCGGUGGCCAGGUGGGAGCAGAGAUGGACGAUGACCCCCUCGAAGUGCGACUCUUGGAGACAUCCUUUGACGACAGUCCGAAAAGUCCCAGCAAAGAGUUCUGGCACGUGCUGCCAGCAACUGGUGAUAAAGGAGGCUGGGCGUCCGACUCGGGCGAGCCAAAGGACCCCGAAGCUGCUGCCUUGACCAAACCCUUCUCGGAACAGGCGAGGUCCUCCGAGAUCCCUUCCCCGGCAUCUACCAGGUCCCCUCCUUCUUCCUUUGCCUCUUCGGACGAAGAGUUGGAAGAAGAGCUCUUGAAUUUCUUGCCAAGCCGAGCCCAGCCGAACACGCCCUGCGGGACCCCGGACUGGUCCGUCUUCGACAAAGACCUUGACCUCUUUCCCUUGGGAGCCGCGUCUCACUUUGAGUUCCCGGAUUAUUGCACCCCGGAGGUGACUGAGAUGAUAGCAGGGGACUGGCUGAUGUCCAGUAUCUCGGACUUGGUCUUUACGUACUGA